AUGUCGGGCGCAACGGAUCCUAGCGGAGCCACGAAGAAGCGCAAGAAGACCUCGAAGGAGACCGCAAAUCCCUCUUCCAAGCGUCGGGCGGUUGCAAGCGAUAAGAUCAACGAUGAGCAGGCGAAGAUUGAGGAAUUGGAGCUCCAGAUCUCAGAGUCGAGAAAGUACUACAACAAUAUCGCCACCCUGAUAUCCAUGCUCAAUGACGAUGAAUCUGCCGAACAACCAAACCUCGCGGUCGCCGUCUCCCUCUGCCGUGUUUUCUGUCGGCUUAUCGCCGGCGGGGAUUUGCAAAAAUCGUCCAAAGCGUCUGAACAAGAGCAAAUAAUUGUGGCCUGGCUGAAGGAAAGGCUCCAGGAAUACCAGGCUGCUCUUGUAGAUAUUAUCCGCUACUCCGAUCCAUCCUCCCAGGUCACUUCCCUGACCCUGUGCAUGCGGAUUGUCAGCGUUCGCGCAACACAUAUACCAGAAGCCGAAAGCCAGGUCUGGACGGGUGGGAUUUUCCAAACAGCUUUUGCUGCUUUGGUCGAAGCGAAAGACGGAGAAGCAGUGCGAACAGAGUUUGUUGAAAAGUUCCUGCAAGAAUACGACGAUGUGAGGUAUUACACAUUUCAAUGGAUAUCCACAUACGCAUCUGAAAAGCGCUCCGCCGAAAUCCUUGAAGUAUUGAUCUGGUUUCUCUCGCAAUGCGAUUCCGUUAUACCGGAAGACUACAAAUUCACAAAGUUCCAUGGCAAGACCCCAACCGCAUCAAAGACACAAAAGAAUCCGCUGCUAUCCAUCAAUGGCCAUAAACGGCGGGCACAGGAAGCAUGGCUGUCUAUUCUCCGCAAUAACUUGUCCGAGUCGCAGCGCAGAACCCUUCUCAAAAAGAUCUCUCAUACCAUCGCGCCCUGGUUCUUCCGUCCAGAGGUUCUCAUGGACUUUUUGACGGAUUCGUACAACGCUGGUGGAUCUACUACCCUUCUCGCGUUGUCCGGUUUGUUCUACCUCAUCCAGGAGAAGAACUUGGAUUACCCACAGUUCUACGUCAAGCUAUAUUCGAUUCUAGACUCGGAGAUUCUUCACUCAAAGCACCGAUCGAGGUUCUUCCGGCUGAUGAACUCGUUCUUGGCUUCGACACAUUUGCCGGCUGCACUUGUUGCCAGUUUCAUCAAGCGGUUAUCUCGACUCGCGUUAAACGCACCUCCCAGCGCCAUCGUCGCCAUCGUGCCAUUCAUCUACAAUCUUUUCAAAGAUCACCCAAUAUGCACAUUCAUGCUACACCGCACUAUCCGAGAUAGUAAAACAAAUGCCGAACUCGAAACAAAAGGCAUGAAGGAUCCUUUUGACCCUGAAGAGCCAGACCCCACUCUCACCAACGCAAUCGAGAGCAGUUUAUGGGAAAUCGAAACACUGCAAUCACACUACCAUCCAAACGUGGCAGCCAUUGCUGGCAUUAUCUCAGAGCAGUUCACCAAACAGUCGUAUAGCUUGGAAGACUUUUUGGACUACAACUAUCAAGGCAUGCUUUUGGCUGAACUUGGGACAGAAGAGAAGACUUUCAAAAAGCAGCCCGUGAUCGAGUUUCAAAUCCCGAAGCGAAUAUUCACAGGCCGGCUUUUGGAAGAGGACAACGGGGAGGAUACUGCGCCAGGAAGUCUGCUUCGGCAGUUGUGGGAUUUUAGUUCCUGA